CCUGGUGUGGAUUCUAGUUCCGGUGGUAAACAACAACAAAGUGGCUGCACCGCCACCAGCUGUCUGAUAUGUGGAACUACAAGAAAAAAAACCACAAUGAUAAAAUUACAUUAGUUUUAUUGUUAUCAGUACUAUAAAUAGACACGUGUCGCCUUCGUUUUAUUUUUGCUUUAUAUUUUUAAAAUGUGGUUUCACCAGAAACCAAUAUAAUCAGUGUUUGUCUAAAAAUGGAGUGGAUUUACUAAUCUGUUAAUUAGAUUACUGUUCCUGCCUCAGUGCCUCUUGUGUACUUUUACAUACCUAGCAGUCACUGUAACGACACAUCUCCUCUCACACAGUAUUUCAUUAACUAUGAGUUGAUCUGGGGAGUUGAGAUUGUGUUAAAUGCUGCACAGGAUGGCUGCUCUGACAUUAUCUUUGGUUUCUCUUCUAUGCUGGUUAAGUUUCGAUAAUGUACAUGGAAAUGAGAAGAUAUCCUCAGAAAACAUCACUCGUAUUUUAGAUCGACUUCUGGAUGGCUAUGACAACAGAUUGCGCCCUGGAUCUGGAGGUGGUGUCACAGAGGUGAAGACGGACAUCUUUGUCACCAGCUUUGGACCCGUUUCAGAUGUUGAGAUGGAGUACACCACGGACAUGUUUUUCCGCCAAAUGUGGGUUGAUGAGCGUCUGAAGUACGAGGGCCCCAUCGAAAUCCUGCGGCUGAACAACCUUAUGGUGGAAAAGAUCUGGACGCCGGAUACUUUCUUCAGAAACUCCAAGAAGUCCAUUUCACAUAACAUGACCACACCUAACAAGCUUUUCCGCAUCAUGCAAAAUGGAACUGUCCUCUACACUAUGAGACUGACGAUCAGUGCAGAAUGUCCAAUGAGGCUGAUGGACUUCCCUAUGGAUGGCCACUCCUGUCCGCUCAGAUUUGGAAGCUACGCCUACACGAGCAGUGAAAUUAUUUUCACGUGGAGGAAGGGACCAAUAGCGUCAGUCGAGGUUCCCAAAGAGUCCAUGAGUCUUCUGCAGUAUGAUCUGGUGGGACAGACCUUGUCCAGUGAGAUAUUCAAAUCAAACACAGGUCACUACUCUGUGCAGGUGGUCCAUUUUCACCUACAGAGGAAGCUGGGCUACUACCUCAUACAGACCUACAUCCCCCUCAUAAUGGUUGUUGUGCUGUCACAAGUCUCUUUUUGGAUUAACAAGGAGUCUGUUCCCGCACGUACAGUUGCUGGCAUCACCACAGUGUUGACCAUGACCACCUUGAGCAUCAGUGCCCGUCAGUCGCUUCCCAAAGUGGCCUAUGCCACUGCCAUGGAUUGGUUCAUCGCUGUGUGUUUUGCCUUUGUGGCGUCGGCCCUCGUUGAGUUUGCAGCAGUGAACUACUUCGCCACCCUCCAGGCCAACCGUCUGUACAAACAAAAAGCCAGACAAGACAACCUGGAGGUGCUGGCAACCGGCAGUGAUGAGGACGACAAUGGUUCAUCGGACAGCAGUCCUCAGGAAGGCCUGAAGAGGAGAAACCACUCAGUGUGCCGCAGUGAACCACGAGAGGCUACGCCACUGCCCAUCUUCAUGCAGCAGGGCUCAGCUGUCCCUCAAAUCCCACAGCUGGCUGGCACCAGCCCCAUUGACAAGUACGCCCGUAUCCUCUUCCCCCUGACUUUCGCCCUCUUCAACUUCAUCUACUGGUACAUCUACCUGGCCAAGGACACCAUGGAGAAAGCCAGAGACAUGGAUCUUAACUGAGAGGACCUGGAAAAGGGCACGUGCAGCCGGAGAGACCUUCAGCAUCCAUCCAUCCAUCCAUCCAUCCGUUCUCACAUCACCCUGCUCACUCUCUCUUUCUCUCUCUCUCUCUCUGUGCACAAGCUCUUUGCAUUCACUCUGCUCUCGUCUGACAGAGGAAAUGAAUCAGAAACUCAUUUAUUCUCCUGCUGCACAUCUAUUCAUUUCACAGGCUGUGACCACUGCCCACUUGUGUUCUGAUCAGUAGUUGAAGAGCUGCCCUUCACGGGCCUCAAUCACUUUAAACAUAUACUGUACACGCACAACUUCUUACACCGCUGGAACAAGACCGACAUCACACACACACACACACACACACACACACACACACACACACACACACACAAAACAGGAAACAUCAAAUAGAAGGGGAUGAUAUAAUCUAUGAUGGCUGUAACUGCUGGUGAUGCAACUGUGAACCAAUGCUUCCAGAAGCCUGCCCUGUACAGAAGCGCAGCUACCCCUACAACAAGAUCAAAGGCAAUUUAGAGGCCACUCGCAUCCCUCCUCCCCAUGGCCUCAAAACUGUGCUCAAACCUGAGGAAAUUAAUUGAGGGAUUGUGUU